UUCCUCUAAAAAAGACAAAAUUAACCACCUAAACGACCACUCUCUCCUCUACUACAAUACAGUACAUUGUCUGUCUUCUCCAAGAACAAGACUGAAGAACAAACACAGAACCAAAAAUGGCUAACACCACCUUCACUCUCACACCAUCAAAACCAACCCUCUCUCCCCUCACUAAAUCCAACUCCCUUGCCCCUUCCAAUCUCAACUUCAAACUCAUUUCCUUCUCUUCCUCCACUCACAUGGCAAUGUCCUCUCGAAAGGAUCCGACACUUCUCAAAUCCUUCCCCGACGACACCGCCAUCACAAUCACCACCACAACCCCCACCCCAUCCUACCGCAACCUCAAAUCCCGUCUCCGUUCUAAUGAAACCCUCUACGGCCUCUUCCUCCUCACCUUCUCCCCCACUCUCGCCGAAAUCGCCGCCCUCUCCGGCUACGACUUCGUUGUCAUCGACAUGGAACACGGUCACGGCAGCAUCUCCGACGCUCUCCCCUGUAUCCACGCACUCGCCGCCGCAAAUACCGCAGCAAUCCUCCGUGUCCCAGAAACCACCGCUGCAUGGGCCAAGAAAGCCUUAGAUUUAGGCCCACAAGGAAUCAUGUUUCCUAUGAUCGAAUCCGGUAAAUCCGCAUCAAAAGCUGUAUCUUACUGCCGUUUUCCACCCAGCGGAGUUCGUGGGUCGGCCCAUCCUAUUGUUCGGGCUUCAAGCUAUGGUAUUGAUGAAGGGUACUUGAAUAACUAUCUUGACGAGCUUUUGGUAAUGGUUCAAGUUGAAUCUGAAGAAGGUGUGAAGAAUGUUGAAAAAAUUGCAGCCGUUGAUGGGGUUGAUUGUGUGCAAAUGGGACCGUUGGAUUUGAGUGCUAGCAUGGGAUAUUUGUGGGAUCCGGGGAAUAAGAAAGUGAGGGAGACGUUGAUGGAAGCUGAGAGGAAGGUGUUGAAGAGGAAGAGUGAGAAAGAUGAUGUUUUUUUGUCGGGUUUUGCAUUGCCGUUUGAUGGGCCUAAAGAUCUUCGAUCGCGUGGGUAUCAUAUGGUUUCUGGUGCUACUGAUGUUGGUUUGUUUAGAAGUGCGGCGGUUGAGGAUGUUAGGAGGUUUAAGGAGAGUUUGGUUGAGGAUGGUGAGGAUAGUGAUAGGGAAGAAUUGGGUAAAGAUGAUGAAAAAUACUGGAGUGAGUGAAUGACAUACUCGAUUUUCUCAGUUUUUCGAUUUAUGUAUGAUUAUGUGAUGUACUGUUGUUGUUAGUUAGGGUAUGCAUUUAAUCUUCAAUAAAAAUAAACUCUUUUUGAUCUGUUAUGGCUAUAGUCAAGGGUUAGAAUUGCGGUUAAAUGCUGCUUCAGUUGCAGUCAACUGCGAUCAACUUACAAUUGUCUGCCGAGAUUGUGGCUGGGUUUAGAUGUACUGGUUAUUGUAUAGUUGUAUUUAUUUGAUCAAUGGUAGUGUUGUUUUGACUUGUUAUAGUUAAUUGUUGAUUAGGCUGAGUUAUAAUUGGUCUUGUACUAGAUAACAAAUCUUUGAUCAGUUGAGCAUAAAUUAUGGGAGUCUCGGCUCCCAACUUAGGUGCUAUUUGGCCUCUCAUUGUGUAACGUUGGACUUGCUUUGUUUUUGUUUUUCAUUUCGGUGAUCGGGUUAUUUUGAUGAUUAUAGAUAUUGCUUUUUGGGCAUAAA